AUGCAUCAAGAUGCCAGUCUCCUUCGUGUUAAAUUUGACUUGGAGUCCGAACAAAUUCACGGAAAGAAUGUGUAUGAAUCAGGCCUGGAGGAGGCGACCGCAAUUUUUCGGAAGCCGGACGCAUUACUCUGUCUAGCUAGGCAAUUGGCAAAGUCCAAACCAGUUUCGGCCACCUAUCACCCGCCGGAAGGCUGUUCUGAUCUUGAAAAUGCAGUUGGUCUUAUCGAUCGUCUGUACGGUAAAAAUGGAACUGCUUUUGUCAGAUUACUAAUCAUGGAGUUUAGUUCAGCAGCUAUUUCCCUCAUACCCGAGGUCGCAGCUUCUGCAGGGUUUCUCCAACGUCUCGUUAGCCGAAUUAAGGGAGUACUGCAGGACUUUUUAUGUGUACCGGUCUACGUUGAGGGCUGA